CCCUUUUCCUGCAGCCAAAGAAAUUAUAAUGUAGUGGGAUUAACCAGAAAGGCAUUUGGCCUCAGCCCCAGAAACCCCAUGGCGACCGAGUCCAGUCGAUCGCCGCUCCGCAAGGCGGAUGGCUCCCUCCCUCCGAGUCCUCUCAACAGCAUCCCGGACCACGCCACCUCGCCCCCGUCGUCCGCCGUGUUCGGCCGGAACGAUCUUUCUGUGGUGGUGGCGAUGGCGGAGGCGAGCCCCGCCCCGCCUAACUCCGCCCCCAGCGGGUGGCACUCGUGGAGCGGGCAGAGGGAACCGGAGCCAGCUGGGUCGCGAGUCGUGUCGGGGAUCCUGCACCGGGACCGCCGCGAGGAAGUGGUGCGGCGGACGGCGGUGGGCGCCCGGCUUGCCGCGGCGGCGCUAUGCCUCGUCGCCUUCUCCGUCCUGGCUGCCGAUAGAGACAAGGGUUGGGCUCUCGACUCCUACAACCGCUACAAGCAAUUCCGGUAUUGCGUCUCCGUGAACGUGAUCGGGUUCGUGUACUCAGGAUUUCAGCUGUAUGCACAGGCCCACUACAUGAUGACGGAGAAGCACAUUAUACGUCGUCCCAUGGGAGACUACUUGGACUUCGCUAUGGAUCAGAUAUUGGCUUAUCUCUUAAUUUCAUCGUCAUCUUCGGCCACUGCUCGCACUGGAGACUGGGUGUCCAACUGGGGAAGAGAUCCCUUUCCCGACAUGGCUACUGGUUCUGUAGCUGUAUCGUUCCUGGCUUUCCUUGCUUUCGCCCUCAGUGCUCUCAUCUCUGCAUAUUAUCUCUUCCGCCCAAGCCUGUAACCUUCUCUGGGGAGCACCAAACGGACGCACAAGUUGUAAUGCUACGUAGUUGUGCCUUUCUGCUUAGGAUUGUGACAGAGUGAGUGCUAAAAAUUGUGUUGCUGUCAACAAAUUGUGUGGCGUGGCCAGAAUGACUGAUCUCUGUGCUUUUCUGGAGCUCAUUUGACUACUUUCAUAGACAAUCUGAAAGUUAGUCUAUGUAUAAUAUAUGAUCGACCAGAGCUCAGUUCCUAAAACUGUAUCACAUAUAUAUGGGCAGAUAUCUCUGUUAAAUGUGUCUAGAAAAGAUGAGCGAUGGAGAAAUGUCUCGUAUGGUAAUGCCUCUUAAGAAAACAUUUUCUCGUGUAAAAAUGUUUUCGUUUUCUAAUUCAAGAAAUCUCAGUAGUUUAGAAGAAUUCAA